AUGGAAGGUGUCCAGUUCAGUGGAUUGCCCCUGAACCCAAAUGCAAUCAUCAAACCCGAGUUCGUGAACACCGCUGAAGAAGCGUACUAUACCUAUCAACUCAACAACAAUUACAACAUCACGAGGGCCGUGCUCAACCACUCUGGCACGCUUCAACGCUGGCUCUGGAACAAUAAUACACAGUGGACAGUCAUACAUGAGUUGCCAUAUGAUCAGUGCGACGAGUAUGCAAAAUGUGGGCCUAACGCUGUGUGCACGAUUGGUGAUGCCCCAAUAUGCAGCUGCCUGACUGGGUACACCCCUAAUUCGCCCCAGGAAUGGGCAAUGAACUCUUGGUCCAGCGGGUGUGUUAAGAAGAAGCCCUUGAAUUGUCCUAAAGGAGAAGGGUUCAAGAAGCUGAAGGGUGUGAAGGUUCCGGAUAUGUUGAGUUACUGGGUGAACUUGAGCACGAGCCUUGACGAAUGCAGAGCCAAGUGCCUGAAAAAAUUGUACUUGCACCGCAUAUACCAAUGCAGACAUUGCCAAUAA